UUUCGUGAUCAUCAUAGAUAAAUUAUUUGGUUUAAUCCAGUACAUAUCACUCUGUAAACCACUGACAGCAAAUUUAACGAUCACCGGGUUGCAUUUUACUUUAUUUCCUAACAUUUGCAUGAAAAUUUUCCAAACUAGAAAAAUAACCUUUUUAUGAGCAGCUGUAAAAGUGUCUUUAUAUGAAACUUUACCCCUUUUGAGAGAGAGAGCUGCAUGUAUAUAGAGAUGUACGUUUAAUGAAACUCCAUUUCCCUUUCUGAAAAUCAGCCAAAUGGGAAGAGCAACAAGGUGGUUGAAGAGCCUUUUUUGGAUGAAGAAAGACAGGGAUAAGAAACAAAACUCAAAAUAUUUCGGCCAUUCGACAAUAGGGUUGUGCAAUAAAUCAACCACCAUACCGCCCAAUAUUACACAUUCUGAGGUUCAAUGGCUGAGAUCUUUACACAGAGAGACUGAAAAUGAGCAAAAAAAGCACGCAAUUGAGGUGGCUGCCGCCACAGCCGCGGUCGCAGACGCAGCCACGGUCGUCGCCCAGGCGGCAGCUGCUGUCGUGAGGCUUACUGCCAGUCAGGGUAAAAGCAGCCGGGAAAUAUGGGCUACUAUCAAGAUUCAAACUGUGUUUCGAGGGUACCUAGCAAGAAAAGCGCUGAGGGCAUUGCGAGGAUUGGUGAAACUACAAGCACUAGUGAGAGGCUAUUUUGUGCGUAAGCGGGCCGCGGCCACCUUUCAUUGCAUGCAGGCUCUUAUAAGAGCACAAACCAAUGUCUUGGCCCGAAAGACUCAUCGAUUCAACACUCAACUCGAUGCUCGAAAAUCCGUGGAUAAAUUUGUUAGUACAGGAAAUAAGCGCAAAAUGUCAAUCCACAGCAGAAGGUUUUCUGCCUCAUAUGAAAGCCCGAAAAUUGUGGGGGUUGAUACAGGGCGGACUAGAUCAAGAUCCAGAAGAACUAACACAUGGAUGCCGGGUUCCGACGACGACUUAUUGGGCCAAUCAAUGUCAUCUCCACUUUCGGACAGAUUCCCAAUAAGCCUAUCGAUGCCGGACUCGAGGAAUAUCCGGGGCGUAACUGGAAUCGAAUGCCAAGGUUUUUUCACAACACAAGUCCGGGCUACUCCAAGGUUUGCCAAUUCUGGUGGGUGUGAUGGAUCAAUUACCCCUGCAAGAAGUUUUUGUGUAGAGAGCUAUUUCAGGAACACUGUAAACUACCAAAAUUAUAUGGCUAAUACACACUCAUUCGAAGCUAAGUUGAGGUCCCAAAGUGCCCAAAAGCAAAGGCCCGACCCCAGCCCUAAAAGAAGACUGUCCCACAAAGAAAUUAAGGAAUCAAGAAACAGUCUUGAUAGUUUCAGAAUGCAGAGGUCCAAAGAAGCCCCAAAAAUGCCAUCAAUUUCUACAAAGUUUUGAUGGGAAAUUUUGGUAUAAUUUCAUUUAGAUUAUAUUACAUUAAAAAGAAAAAAAAAUUGAUUCUUAAACCGGCAUUUUGCUU